GACAUGGCGGUCACUUUUGUUCUACAUCUUCUUUUUGUAACAUUUUUUUUGUUUUUUCAAACAUCAACUGUAAGCGGUCAAAAUAAAACUCUGAAAGAUCUCUUCAAUAGUACUUCUUGUGCGAAGCCUCCCUUUAUUUGUCCGCACCCACAAAUAGAGUUUUAUUUGUACACCAGAACGACUCAAAAAAAUCCAGUUCUCCUUGACGUCCUGAAUCGCCGGUCAUUGGAAUACACGACGUUUGACCGGUCCCAUCCGACGAAAAUAAUAAUCCACGGAUUUGGAGGCGGAAGAAAUUUAGCACCCAGCACUGAUCUGAGGAAUGGUGAGGAUAAGUAUUGUGAUUAUGCGUAUUUCAAGCGCGGUGACUACAACAUAAUAAUCGUCGACUACGGAUCAUUAGUCCGCGAGCCAUGUCUGUCGCAAAUGCAGUGGGGACCGGAUUUCUGUUCACAAUGUAUUGCUCAGUUAGUGAGGUACUUGAGGGACCACCCUCGUGGGAUACCGGCCGCGAGUAUCCACAUGCUGGGCUACAGCGUUGGUGCUCACAUAGCCGGCUUGGUGGCGAAUCACUUGCCCGAUGACAAGCUGGGACGGAUUACUGGUCUAGAUCCGACGAUAUUUUUUUACAUGAACGGAAACCGUUCGAGGGAUUUGGACGAAACGGAUGCUCACUUUGUCGACAUCAUUCACACCGGUGCCGGGAUUCUGGGCCAGUGGGGCCCAAACGGGCACGCGGAUUUUUAUGUAAAUGGUGGUUCCAGUCAACCUGGAUGUGCGACUGCUUCUAUUUUACAAACUCUGGCGUGCGAUCACACAAAAGUAACGCCGUACUAUAUCGAAUCAAUAACAACGAAGGUGGGAUUUUGGGCAGCACCAUGUGCAAAUUUAUUUUCCUAUCUGACAGGAUGGUGCAGCCCAAAAGACGAAGAAUGGCUUCUUAUGGGAGAGGAUACUCCGCACACCGCUCGAGGAAUUUAUUAUCUGUCAACAAACGCACGCAAACCGUACGCCCGAGGACAUCCAGGAAAAAGGCAAUUCCCGAAAAAUCGGAAGCAAUUGUCUUACCGCCAGUAUUAA